AGUGUUUUGAUCAAGUCGACCGCCAUCUUAUGUCUAAGCGUAAUUUUAGUACCAAUUUCACCUAACUAGAACAUAGCAUCGUGGAUUUCAUUUACUUCUAGAUGCAGUCUCCAGUGCAGGGAUAUCGUUUUUAGAUUCUGAUAUCUUGAGAUGAGUCUAGAUACGUUGUUAGAAGCGGCUGAAUAUAUUGAGUGGAGCGCCCACAGUAAACCACGUGAUGACGACGGUUCACCAGGAGGGGAAAUUAGGACAUUUAUCAAAACAGAAACCUUGGCCGAUGGAGAUUCUUCUUUAGAUGAUAGUAUAGGCAGUCAACGUGGUUAUGGAUAUGCAGACGACAGAAAAGAUAGACGACGAGCCGGAGGGGCCGGAACUCGCGAAACCCAUAACAAACUGGAGAAAAACAGGAGAGCUCACUUGAAAGAAUGUUUUGAUAUUUUGAAAGUUCAAAUUCCUUUUAUGGAAGACAAAAAGACUUCUAAUUUGAGCAUCCUGAGGGGAGCUUUAAAAUUCAUACAGAAUAUGAAAAGAAAGGAAAAGGAGUUUGACAGAGAGCUUCAUAGAUUAGUUAGUGAAAAAUCAAGAUUACGGGAAAGAUUAGAGAAAUUAAAAGUUGAUUUGGCUAAGCUUAACAUGGAUGUUGAUCUUACUAAAUGGAUGCCAACCCAAGAACAAGAAACAAAUUCAACAUCUACUGCAUCAGGUGAUGGAAGUCCUAUUGUUAGUGAUAAUGAUGAAGACAAUGAUAAACGACCAACUAAUAAAAAGUUGAAACAUUCAUCUAAAGAUAAAGGUCCAUCCACACUGACUCAAAUGAUACUAAAUACUUCUGUGCAAAUGAUACAGCCACAACCGACAAUAUCCACAUCAAAGAAAUUUUCACACAUCAAAGGCACAUCUGUUACACCAACGAUGCCUACUCAUAUCCGAGCACCAGUGACACAGUUACUACAUCAAACACUCAGUAAAAGACAAGCUUUACAGAGACAAAGAGAACAAUUAGCUGUAUCCCAAGUAAAUACAAUGAACUUGGGCAUACCGUCCGCAGCACAAAUGAAUCCUUUACUUCAGCAACAGUUGGCUUUCCCAAUCGGAACAACACCAUUAUCAAGCGGAAAUAUUCUUACUCCUACCAUGUCGAUACCCACAUCAACUACUGGUUUACAAACUCCCAUGUUAUUGACGACUAGUACGACCACAUCAGCAUCCAGUACAUACAAUCAUAUAUCAACAGCUACAGUUACAUCAUCCAGAUUUGUUCCUAGUGCUACUUCAUUACCUGGAAUAACAAAUGUGCCAAAUCUUUCUGCUAUUGGACCAAUCUCAGCUCUUACUGGCAUGAGUAGAACAUCAACAUCACUUCCAAUUAUUGGACAACCACCUACUGCGUCUAUAGGUCAACCCAUACCUCUGAAAACAACUCAACUUAUUACUACCAUAGUCACUCCGUCUGUUACCAGCUUAGCCUCUAUGUCGGCCAUUAAGCCUAUACUGGCCACAACAAAUGCUCAUUUUAUGACUUUGAAUCCACUUCUAGCUCAGUUUCCCAGAAACAAUACUUUAUUAACAGGCAUGACAAGUCAAGCUGGUACGACACCACAGCCACAGUUAGUGUCGUAUGCACAUAUGGGUAUGGGAACAUUAACACCGAUGACAAUGAUGCCCCAAGGACUUCAAAUGGCUGGUUUUGGUAACAUCAUGUCGUCACAUCAGCUGUUAAAACAGUUUCCAAUUUUACAGCAGCCAUUACUGCAGCAAAUGCAACAAGGUCAGGUGAUUGGUCAGCCUAUGGUUAAACCGGUUGUUAUGGUUUCCUUACCUAGUGCAGUAACGUCUGCUACCUCAACAUUACCACUAAAUAUUGCUACAACCUCCUAGCAUUGUAUCAUGACAACAGGUGAAUGGAGUUGUAUAAAACGUAUAUAUAGUUAUAUCUGCGGGAUUUAUUUAAAGUGGGUGAUUAAAACAAAGACGCCUCAUUAUUUAACUGUGAUGUGUAAGAUACCUGACCACCAACUUAAAUAGUCUUUAAGUCUUUGCAUAUUGUCUGUGAUGAAUUGGGUUCAUUAAAUUUAUUAAAUAUUUGACAGGAACUUGUAUUUUCAUCUCAUUUGUGUUGUAUCUCAUCUCCACAUCAUAUUUCAUCCUUACUUAAAAACACACCUGUGACCACAUUAUUCCUUUGUGAUAAAUAUGUCAUCCAUGUCAGUAACAGUGCAUUGUGUAACUUAGAUUUAGUUGAUAGUAAGUCAAAUCAGAAAGUUUUAUUCAUGCACCUAAAUGGGUAAAAAAAUGUUUACACAACAAAAAUCUGUACUUAAUGAUGAUUGAUGAUUAUAAGAUGAUAAUGUGUAAGUAUUGACAUUGUUUAAUAUAGAUAAAAUCAAAAAAAUAUUUGUGUUAAAUUUGAUAGUAUUUUAUUAUAUUAAAAACUAGAACAAAAACACACUUUUAUUUAUAAGAGAAAAUUGCCAAAGAAAAAAUGUAUUUAUUGUAUAUUAUCCUUUUGUUAUUUAAGAUCUUACUGAGAGUGUUUCUUGGCUAAGAUUUUGUGCGAUAUUUCCAUGACUUCCAUUCAUUUGCAUAUGCAUGGCAUAAUCAAAGUUUUUCAUGACGGUGUGAUAGUUAAAUGAUCUGUUCAUUUUGUUGAAAAUUCAUCAACAUUUUCAUUUCAAUUAUAAAUUUAUAACACAUUUUUACAUAUAAAAUUUAGUUCACAAUUUGUUUUAAAUCACAAUAGUAAUCUUUAAUUGAAAAUUACUUAAAUUAAUAGAAUUUUUGUGAUAAAAAAAUCCACAAGAAAAUCCUGUGCCCAUUUUAUUAUUUUUUUUUCUGUUUGAUAUGAAAAUAAGACUUUGUAAACUGUAAUUGUUUGAAAAAAUCCAAAUUUUCUUUUGUUUUAAGUCAAUCUGAACAAAACAAUGUUUAGACAUUGAAAUACCAGAGUGCUAUGUAUGUUUUGUUUCUUAAGUUUAAGUAUUUGUAUGUACCAUGUAUACCAAAAUUAAUUUAUCAAAGUUCCUAAUUGGAAUGGAUAGGGCUAUAAAGCAUAUUAUAGUGUUUAUCAUUUACAAUCAAUAUUAAACUAUUUGUUACAUGUAUGUUUAUUUUGUAGAUCAAGGCAGCUAUUGAUAUUAUGAAGAUAUGGUAAAUUAUUAUUUCAUGUUAUUCAUUGUAUAAUUCUGUGUAGCUCCAAGCUUAAUAUAUUGUUCAUCAACAAUUUACAAGAAUAUUACUACAGUAAAUACAUGAAUAAA